AUGAAGUACGGUGUGCUGGGCAUCGCUGCCUUGGCCUUGCUUCAUUUUACAGAUGGCCACGUCCAUCACCAUCAGCAACUCUCCAAACGUGCUCUACGCCAACAAGCGGCCAACCAGCCCUGCCCGAAAGUAACACUCACGAAUACGGUUGUUGUCCAGCUCGAUCAGGCAGGACACACGGUAGAUGUGCAGGUCCAAUCCGCACGACCAUCGACGACAGCCAGGUUUUCGGAUGCUGCCUCAGGUCAGCGUGUAGCGUCAACAUCGUCAACAUCGCCCGCAACAGCAACAGCGACCCCCAAGCCAGCUCAGUCAGACAGACACGUAAUCCCCAAACCCUCAGCACUGAGCCAUCUGCCAGACCCCCUAUCCUCAAACUUGCUACCAGACACAUCAAGCACCUUCCUCGGCCAACGAAGCAACUACGGCAUUUCCUACUCCCCCUACAGAGCCGAUGGUACCUGCAAGACCCAAGAGGAAGUCAACAACGACAUCCGCCAACUACGUCAAUUCUCAUUUGUGCGCUUCUACGGGAUAGAUUGCAAUCAAGCCGAGACCGUCACUCAUGCAGCUAGGCAGCAUGAUAUGUUGGUCUUUGCGGGGUUGUAUGACAUCGACGAUAUUGAGACGGAUCUACAGAAAAUUAUUGAUGCGGCGGAUGGGGAUUGGUCGACGUUCCAUACCGUAUCGAUUGGGAACGAGCUUGUGAAUAGAGGCUCCAAGACACCCGGGGAGGUUGUGGGCACCGUCAAUUCGGCGCGCAGUAUACUUCGUCAAGCUGGCUAUGAGGGACCCGUUGUGACGGUCGAUACUUUCAAUCAGAUGAUUGCCCAUCCGGAACUGUGUGAUGAAUCCGAUUAUUGUGCGGCGAAUUGUCAUGCGUUCUUCGACUCGAACCAGACACCUGAGAACGCCGGUCCGUAUGUCCUCGAGCAGGCGCGCCAUGUCUCCAAGGCUACGAAGUAUGGUAAUAAGCAAGUCAUAAUCACCGAGACCGGAUGGCCGUCAGCAGGAGAAGCAAAUGGUGAUGCCGUGCCGUCAAGACAGAAUCAGUUGAAAGCGUUCAAGAGUCUAAGGCAAAGUUUCCCGGAUGGAGGGAUUGUGUUUUUUAGUGCCUUUGAUGAUAAGUGGAAGCAGGAUAAUGCGUGGACGUUUGGCACGGAGAAGCAUUGGGGUCUUUAUGGGUUGGCGAAGACCGCGAGUGGGUUUCCGGAUUUGAUUGGGCCGUUGGAGGAUGAGGUGUAA